AAACAGAUUAAGUCUCGGCUCUAAGGUUUAACUGCAAGGUCUCUGCGGGGAUGGCAUGUGUGGAGGCCAGGAGACCAUCAAUGGAUUAUGAGCGGCUACCUUUUAUGUGGGGUUGGCCAUAUUUAGUACGCUAAUCAAUAAUUCCGCAGAUCAUCUGUUCUGAAUACACUCUAAGUAUAUUUGUACAAGGACGCAUGACAAAAUAUUAAACAUAAACACAGCAUACAUACAUACAUAGCAGUUUGACCUAUAAUGUCAUAAAAGUUUGGUAAAAAAACAUCCAUAACACCUUGCUAAUAAGAAAAAAGUGAAGCUUUGUUUGACAAGAUUUGGUAUGCAAAUGGUGAAAUACUCAUAGGGAAUAAAUAUUAACGACCAUUAACCUAUUUUUAGCUUUAUAUUUGUGGCAAAUUUUAUCAGGGUAGACAUCAUUUAAAUGGCCAAAUGCAUGAUUAACCAAUAUUUGUAUGAAGGUCGAUACUCAGAUAUGGAAGUGCCCAAAAUUAAAAGGAAAACAGAUAGAAAAAAAUACGUAUCCAUGGAUAAAUAUGAUUAAUGUCCCAUCACACUCCCUAAUCUGCCAUUAUUUCUGACCUAUGAAAUCUCUCUGAUGAUCUAAAAAUCCAUGACAAUACUAUAAAUUCCAAUAUAACAUACAUAGUUGCCAGUCAUGGCAACAGGUUUCUUUAACAUGAAAUUGCAGUGCUUUGAAUGACUGAAAAUUGUGAAUUUGUCAUGCUGCUUUAAGAGAACAACAUUUUGUGCCAAUAAAUCCCUGCCAUUGCCCAUCAAGUCCAAUAUCAACAUUGCCAAUUUACCUCAAUGUGUUAAAUCAAUUUUGAACAUUGCACAGGGUAUCUGUUGCCAUGUCUCACUUAGAAGUUUGAUAUUUUUGUUACCACUUAUCCAUAUGAAAAGUUAGUUACAACACAAGUUUACUUAACAGCAAAACAUGCUUUAUUUUCAAAAAUAAAUAACAGAUGAAAGAUUUUAUAUAUUCUUUGCCCGCUGAAAAAGGGGAGAACAAUAUCAUAGCAGUGAAUAACAGGGAAAUAAUAUGUCAAGCUAAAUUUUCAAAUAAGUUGAGACUACAAAAACCUGUCUAUAAAGAAAAAUAAUUUGACUAGAUAAUUCUGUAAAGAAUGGUUUGAAUAUCUGAUGAUUGAUAUAUGUAACUCCAAAAUAAUAAAAAAGUAUAUCAUCUUGACUGGACUAAUUGAAUAAAAUAAUUCAAGUAGGAAUUGACAUAACCUAUGCAACCCCAACUAAAUAGACUCUUCCAAAUAUGAAGUUCUGCUCUGGAUUCAUUGUAUUUCAAUGGCAACUGUUCAAUUCUCUGAACAUAAUCCCCAACAGAGAACCUUUGUGGCUUGUUUAUGUCAGACUCAUUCAGUGCACUUGUCAACAACGAACUGUGGACCAGAUUUGAAUGAAUACAAUUCAAAGCCAAUCAUGCACAAUAACUUUACUGGUUUCACAAUAAGUUCAAAGUGCAGACUUAGAACAAGUAAUUUACUGGAAGACGCCAUAACUACGAUGUUCAACUGAAGAUUUUCAAACAUUUUGUACGAGAUUGUAAUCCUUUCUUUUUGUUGGUCACAACUGAAAACCAGCAAAAUGAGUAGUGAAGAGGCAGAGGCGUAUAUUCAGCAAAUCCUGAAAGUGAUGGAGGCCAGGGCUGAAAGAACUGAUCGCCUGGCAGAACGGAAUGUCCGCAGCCCACUAGCCCCAGUACGUCAGCGAAGCCCUACAGGCAAAGAGAGGAAAAACAGCCCCUCAAUGAAAGGCAGAAAUCGGUCCCCAUCCCCUGUCAAACCUGGAUCAGGAAGCACAUUACGAGGUAGCAGUGGGUCGAGAUCUAGAUCACCCACUAAGCUGGCAGCAUCAAGUACAGCUGCAGAGGAACCCAAACCAAUCAAGAGACUCACAUUCAAGUCUCCACAUCAUGAGGACAAAUAUCUCCGAGUGGUGGACCUAUCCAACCAAGGGCUGACCACUGUGCAGUCAGCCUACUUUAAUGCCAAAGAUGUAGGAGAGAUGAACCUCUCAGGAAACUGCCUCAGAACCAUUCCUUUGGACAUACGCAAGCUAACCCACUUGAUCAGCUUAAACAUCAGCAGAAAUGGCAUCAAAUGCUCACAUCCCAAUGAUUAUGGUGGACUUCCUGCAGAAUUAGACUCCCUGAAAUUUCUAGAAACCUUGAUCAUUGCUGAGUGUAACCUACAGUACAUACCCCCAGCUGUGUGGCGAUUAAAAAAGCUGAAAAAGCUAGAUAUCAGCAGGAACAAAAUCCAAAUCCUUGUCCCUGAGAUAGGCCAUCUGACAAAACUGGAAUAUCUAAACCUACAGCAAACUGGGAUAACCACCUUGCCCCUUGAGAUUGCCUACUGUCAAGAACUGCAACAAAUCCUGCUGUAUGGAAAUGCCAUGGAAAGUUUACCAGAGACCUUGAAAGAGCUACCCUAUCUUUGUGUGCUGAAAAUGAACCAUCGCAGCUUUUGUAGUGUUGUUGAUGACUAUAUGGAGAAUCUCAUAAGAAAAGGGCAAAUUCAAUCAGAACAUGUCCCGCAGGUUUUGUUUGAAAUGCCAUGUCCACUGUCCCUAGACCUCGAGGCCUGCAAGAUAAACAAUCUUCCAGAUGAAUGCCCUAACAGCCUCAUUGAGUUCAAUAUCUCAAAGAAUUAUUUCCAUGAUGUUCCCAAAGCUUUGUACAGGAUAGAGAACCUUCAGUAUCUUGACAUGUCAAACAACAUGAUUUCUGACCUGCCUCAAGAUAUUGGCCAACUCAAGUCAGUAAAAGUUCUGAAAAUCAACAGCAAUGUCUUUGAGACAGUCCCACCAUCCAUAGGUGACCUGAAGCACCUAGAGGUACUAGAAAUGGAGAGCAACCGUAUUCGCUGUCUGCCAUCAGAGAUCAGCAACCUGACCACUUUGCAUACACUGAAGCUUGCCAAGAACAACAUCCAAGCCCUGCCAGAUUCCAUCUGUGAGCUGUACAGGCUAGAAACCCUUGAUCUUACAGAUAAUGGGUUGACAUCUCUCCCUUUAAAUCUGUACAAGCUAUCCAGAUUAACCUCAGCCCACAGCUAUCAUCUGUUGUUCAAAACUGGGCUUUGGCUUAACAAGAAUCCUCUCGUCACUCCCCCUGAGCAUGUCUGGAAAACUACAGAUAUACAGAAAAUCUAUGUUUACCUCCAGCAGCUUAAAAUUGCUCGCACUCAGCUCCUGCGCCUUAAACUUAUCCUCAUGGGGGAGUCGCAAUCUGGCAAGACAAGCCUGGCCAAUGCGAUGAUCAGUGGAAAGAUCAAUUUGACUGCGGGGAAGGAAGACAGUACAAGCAUAGUUGAGCAGAGGUUCCUGACCACAGAAAAUGGAGUCAACUUUAUGGUGUAUGAUCUGGGUGGUGACCCAGUCUACAUGUUCACUCACCCCAUGUUUCUGGAUCCAAAGGCCUUGAUGAUGAUUCUUUAUGACCACAGCACCUACAACCCUGACUCCUUCCAGUCCACUAUUGGUAAGUGGAUUGACCUGAUCAAUGUCCGAACCCCAGGAGCAGUGGUCAAGAUAGUGGGCACUCACACUGAUCUGUGUGAAGAUGAAAAAGUCAGCCAGGCAAAACUGCAACUCAUACAGGAACAAGUUAAGAAGCACCAGGAAGAACAUGAAGAGUCCUUGAACAAAGAGCUGGAGUCCAUUACUGACCAGAUUGAGAAACAAAAGACCAUUGAGACCGACAUCAAUUUUGAGACUCCUGCGGCAGAAUUUUUGGAAGAACAGCAAAAGAAAAUAGAAGGACUGCUUCAGAAUACAGUCAAAAUGAUGCCAAUAAGUAUUGUGAGCUCCACUGAAGGCACCAAGGGAGUUGCAGAUGUCAUGGCAGAAAUGGAACGUCUAGCAGUGAAUGAAAACCUCUUCCCUCAUGCUCAUGAUAUCGUGGAUCCAGAGUGGGACGACUUCAAAUCUGCUUUACGUCUUCACAAAACACUUUUCCUAACCUGGGAUAUGGCAGUUGAAAUUGGGAAGAGUUUCAAAUUUGAUGAAGAGGAAGUCCUUCACUGCUUACUCUACCUUCGAGACACUGGAGAUGUUGUUUGGUUUAGAGGCAGCUCACAGCUACAUGAUGUCAUCUUCCACAGACCCAAAUACUUUGUACAAGUACUGAGAGGCAUCUUCAAGCACAACAUGGAAGCAUUCCUUGACUAUGAGAAGAACAAAGUGUUUAGUAGCAAGGGGAAAUAUGAACCUGACAUCUUUGAGGAGCAUCGAAAAAUGUUCCUUCAGCACGGUCAGGUUUCCAGACAAAUGAUGCAGUGCCUGUGGUUCUACCUAAAGCUGGGUUAUGAUGAGUUUUAUGCCCUAAUGGACUUCAUUCCAAGACUGGACAUACUCUAUGCCAUCCCUCAGCCUGACCUGCCCUUGGCCAAACACCACUUCCAACCAUUUGCAGCCAUUCCUUGGUAUAAUAAAGAUGCAGAGGAUAUCUCGACUGUCAAGGGUUACUGGACACCAAAACUUCUACUUGACAUAAAGGAGUUGAAGGUGGAUUACACAUUCCCACUUUAUUAUCCAGUUGGAUUAUUUGAGAGACUAUCUGUUCGCAUUCAAGACAUCAUCACUGAGAGAAUAGACUGGAAAAGUCUGACUUAUGCAACCACAGAAGAUGAACAACUACUUCUCAGACAGCAUGUGUGUAAGAAAUCUGGAAACCACACCCUGACCAUAGCUGUUAGAGGGAAAAAAGUGGAAGCCAUGCUGCCCAUUCUGAUCAAGCUACACAAUGCCUUUGUUGAGUUUGCCUCUCAGUGGCCAGGGCUUGUGUGGUACAUCUCCAAGUCUUAUGCUGACAGUGGAAAGAAGGCAACUUUGGACUACUUUCCAAAGGAGGUGUUUGAUACACCUGCUCCUCAAAACAUGUCUAGAAGGAAGAGCAUUGUUUACUUGUACUAACUGGAUUUUAGGAAAAGUAGUUGGACUAGCUAGGCUGGUAAUAACUUUUACUUUGACUAACUGUGAUAUUGUGCAUUUCAGGCAAAAUGUACUUGAAUCAAGAAACUAAGAGACAAUCACAAAAGACAAUAUUUUAUAAUUUUGUAAUGUAUAUAAAUAAAUGUGUACAUUUUGUUGUCUAGAUAUUUAACAAAAAGCACUCUAAUUUUACUUGCAUCUUUUAUUUUUAAUAUCUUAUAUGAUCAUAUAUUCAUAAAUAUCAUGACCAAUUCAGUCAGGUCCUGUGAAAGAUCACAUUAAUAUUCAAAUGUGCCAAAAUCUGAUCGUAAAUUGCAUAUAGAAUGUAUUUAUGUAUACAUGUAUAUACUCAGCUGUGGAAUAAAGAAAGGUUUCAUCUUUCCCCUAAAAUCUCCAAUUUUAAAAUCAAUGACUUCAGUUUAAGCUUGUAUAUAUUAAGCAAAUAUGGAGUAUCAUUAG